AUGGACUAUGACGAUAUUGAAUGGGAAGAAUCUAAUAAUGAUAAUUCUACCACAACAACUACAACAACAACCACCACAGCUUCGCCAAGAUUCGAUGAAAGUAUAAAUAAUGAAUUUGACGAUGAAGAUAAAGAAGAAGAAGGAGAUAUAAAUAAUAGUUUAGACACUGACGAAGAAAUUGGUGAAAAUCAAGACGAUGCUGGAGAUGCUGAAGAUGCAAUUGAAUUUGAAAUUGAUACCAAUGAAUUCAAAUCCAAAGAAAAUGGUAAAAAAAAAAGAAUUGUUAAAAAAGUAGACCUAAAAGAAAAACAUAAUUGUUUAUACCUUCAUAGAACUGUUUUAACUUGUUAUUUGGCAAAUUUUAAAUAUACUAUAAAUGUUUUAUCAAAUCAAUAUUUAAUUUCAAUUAUUUCAUCAUUUAUUCCAAAAGAUUUAAUUAAUUUAUAUUCCAAUAAUUAUAAAAUCAUAUCUGAAAUAAAACAAAUUCCAACUGUUGAUUCAACACCCCAAAAAUCAAGAUCAAGAUCAAAAUCAAAACUUGAUAAUACUACCACUACCACUACUACUACCACCACAACCACUACUUCCAAUACAACCAAUAAAAAACCACCAAUUCCAUUUAUGACAUGUAUAGAUGAAAUUAUUAAAUGGUUCUUUUCUUAUUUUAAAAUUGAUGAAAUGGCUGAUAAUUUAAAUUCAAAUAAUACAGAUAAAAAUAAUAAAAAUAAUACGAAUAAUAAGAAUAAAAAACAAACUAGAGAAGUUAUUAAUUUGGAUGAUGAUAAUGAAAAUACAGAAGAAAGAAAAAAGGAGAAAAAAUUUGAACCAAUAAGAAAUAGUUUAUUAUACUAUCAAUUAAUUACACAAACUAAAGAAAGGAAAGUAACAAAAAAGAUAUUUGUUGAAUUAUUUUAUAUGGUUUGUUUAAUUUUGGGUUACAAAUGCCGUAUAAUUAGACCAUUGUCAACACCACCACCAGUACCUGUAACACCAAGUAAAUUGAAAAGAAUUGCAAGUUCAUCCUCACCACAAGCAUUUUCAAGAUCAAAAGCAAAAUCAUCACCUUCUGUUAUAAGAUUAAACUAUAAUAUUGAUGAUGAUAACGGUAAUACUAAUAAUAAUGAAACAAAAGUUAAGAAAUCAAAAUCACCAUCAAAAACUAAAACUUCUGCAACAUCAUCAACUAAAAAGAAAAUAGAUGAUGUGAUUUCUUCAAAAGAUAAAAAAAAUAAAGAAAAAAAAGAAAAAGAAAAAGAGAUAGAAAGGGAAAAAGAAAAAGAAAAAGACAAAAAGAAAUCAAAAAAGAAAUCACAAUUUAGUUUUGAUAGUACUGACUCAGAGGAUGAAGAGGAAGAGGAAGAAGAAGAAGAAGAAGAAUUGAUUAUUAGUAAACCAAUUACAAGUAGACAAAAAUCAAUUCAAGCUAAUCAAUUUAAAAAUACAGUUUUAAAUUCAAAGAUUUCAAAGAAAACUGAAACUACAAUGUCAAAAAAAAGAAAAACUAAUUCUUCAUUAUCAAGUAAAAAUAAAAAGAAAAAUAAUAGUGAUAGUGAAAAUGAUACUGAUAAUGAAAGAGAUAGUGGUAGUGAUAAUGAUGAUGCUGGUGAUAAAAACAAUAAUAAAAGUGAUCAAGAAAAAGAUAAUUCAAGUAGUGAUUCAGAUUAUAAAGAUAGUAAAAAGAAAUUAAAAAGAUCAUCAUCUGAACCAAUUAAAAGAUCAAGAUUAUCAAAUUUAGAUGAUAAAGAAUCAAAAACAACUACAACAACAACAACAAAUACAUUAUCAAAUAAUGAAAAAGUUGAAAUUGAAAGUUGGAUUGAGGUAUUUGAUCAUGAAAAAAAGAAAUGGAUUUCAAUUGAUUUAAUUAAUAAAGAAAUUGAUAAACCACUAAAUUUUGAAAAGAUAUUAGAUCCAUUUUCAUAUGUUGUUGCCAUUUCAAAGUAUCAAAUAAAGGAUGUAACAUCAAGAUAUACAAAUAAUUAUAUUGGAUCAUCAUUAAAGAGAUUACCAAUUGCACAAAUUAAAUGGUGGUUACAAUUAGUUGGUGAUGCUAUUAAUAAUCCAACAGAGGUUGAAAAUGAUAAUGAACCAGUAUCGAAAUUUAUAUUAGAUUCAAAAAAGAUCAUCUCUGUCAAUAUUGAUCUAUUAAAUAAUUUAUCAAUUGAUGAGAGGAAAUCAAUUGAAGAGAUUGAUGUAUAUGAAAAACAAGAAUUAAUAAUAAAAGAGAGUAAAUUACCAUUUCCAAGUAGUUUUGCACAAUUUAAAUCUCAUCCAAUUUUCGUAUUGGAGAAAGAUAUCGCAAAAUAUUGUUCACCUGAUCCUUCAUCGAAACCAUUGGGUUUAUUUAAUGAAACUCAUAAAAUUUAUCAUAAAGACCAAAUCAAGGUUUUACAUACGUCAGAUAAAUGGGUCCAAAAUGGUAGAAUGGUAAUUGAGGGUCAACAACCAUUGAAAAUCGUUAAAGGUAGAUCAAAAUCAAAUCCAACCUCAAUGUUAUUUGGUGAAUGGCAAACUAAACUCUUUGAACCUGCUGUCAUUGGUAAGGAUGGUAUUGUUCCAACCAAUUCAUUUGGUAAUGUUUAUUUAUUCAAUUCUUCAAUGUGUCCAAUUAAUGGCGUUCAUCUAAGAGGUAAAGGUUUAAUUAGGGUUGCAAAGAAAUUAGGUAUCAAUUUUGCACCCGCACUAACUGGUUGGGAAAAUGGUCCAAAAUCCUCUUAUCCAAUCAUUGAUGGUGUAGUUGUUGCAAAGAAAUUCUCAAAGAAACUUUUGGAUACUUGGUUAUCGGAAUCAAGUAGUAGAGCUGAAGCUGAAUUACAAAAGAAAAAUGAUGAAAUUAAAGCUCGUUGGAAACGUUUCAUGAAAAAAUUAUUAAUUAAAAAUUAUAUUGAAAAAACUUAUAAAUAA